UCCUGAAGGUACACCGCAGAUGAUAACUGUCGCAUACGAAUCAGAUUCAAGAUGAAUUAUGAUGUAGUGCGCGAAUUGGAUGCCUUAGAAAGCUUAUAUGAUUUUGGCGAUCGAAGCUAAACAUUUAUCAGAUCCGAAAAGAUAUAGAUAGAGAUAUCUGUCUAAGGCAGAAUGGGGCAAAAUUGCCUUUGUUCCUCCUGGACACAGAGGUCUUGUGCAAACGGCGUGAGAUGUACGUAGGAUAGCUGCUUUUCAGCUGGAGCCAGUCAGAAACAACACGAUACCGCCAACAACUAAAAUAACUUGUGCGCAUAAGAUGCGUGUAAAAAGGCGUGCGUUACAGACGGGGAUGCGUUUCAUGUGAGUUUCUCGCGCAGACCACAUGGGGUAGAGGUAUCUGGAAGUUGCAGCGCUGCAAACGGGGAGCAUCACUGUAGGAGGCUCGAGACGCGCAUCUCACUGUCCCGCGUUUAGAUGAUGGACGGAUUUCUGACAGAGCGCUAGAAAAUGACCUUGGACCAGAUUGGAGACCUUUUGAAGCAUAAAAAACAACUGUAAUGGAUUUUCCCCUAAAAAGAACAUCAAAUGCGUGCAGUUUAUGAAGUACGCGAUAGAAAGUGAUGCUGUUGGUUAGCUCGGAAGGAAUGAAAAUCGCCCUGGAUUAUACAAGCCUUGUUAUGAUGUUCAAAGCUGCGUUUAUACGUUCACUCAAGCAAGCAGGUAUUUGAAAAGGUGUCUCUGAAAUAAGCCACCGUGAUUUUUCGUUUGGAGGUGAGGACUAAUAUAACAACUCAAAUGGAGUUGCCGCUGGUGGUUUUUACGGUAGUUUGUUGGGUCUCCGUCUGGUCGGACGAACGGAUCAUCUCAGACAGACACGCGGUCUACUGGAACAGUUCAAACUCCAGGUUCUGGCAGGGCGAGUAUACAGUGGCCGUGAGCAUCAACGACUAUCUGGACGUGUACUGUCCGUACUAUGAGAGCCCCCAGCCUCACAGUCGCAUGGAGCGCUACAUCCUUUUCAUGGUGAACCAUGAUGGUUACCUCUCCUGUGAACACCGCAUGAGAGGCUUCAAGCGGUGGGAGUGUAACCGGCCCCAGAGUCCCGACGGACCCCUGCGCUUCUCUGAGAAGUUUCAGCUCUUCACCCCCUUCUCACUUGGUUUUGAGUUCCGUCCUGGACACGAGUACUAUUAUAUAUCCUCUCCUCAUCCUAACCACGCUGGCAAGCCGUGUUUAAAGUUGAAGGUGUACGUGAAGCCUACAAAUGGUUCGGGCUACGAGUCUCCAGAGCCAUUCCUGACUGAUCAGAGCCAGCGCUGCAGGGCAGACGGCCCGUGCCUAGCUGUGCUGAUGCUGUUGUUGCUGGCCUUUCUGCAGGCCUGCGUUUAAGAAGCUCCGCCGCUGCCCAGACUGCCUACCGCUCUCCCUCCAUCCACACUCCCUCAGGGAAGCCCUCUCAUCCAGACCCCGGGCUCACAGGCUAACACGCAGUCGGAUUCACGCAUCUUUUUUUUUACAGAGCGAGCUCCUCGCCACUGAGCCGAGGACAGAGACGUUCGCCCUGCUUAGCGGCUGAUGUAAAGCUGAACACCUGGAGUCUGUCGUGGAAUGUGACCUUUUAUAUAUGCUGUCAUGUAAUCGAGGCUUGUAUUCAUGUGCCAUUUAGUCACGUUUCAGGGCGUCGAGGUUUACAAAAGAUUUCUGACACUCAUUUGGAUAGCUAUAAUGCCCCCCACACCGUCUUUACACCAGAAAUAAAGGGAACUUUAUCCUCCUAAUAACAAAUGACACCAAAGGACUCUCUUCAGAGUUUUAGUUUUAUUUUCCAUUUGAAGGGAGAGGAGAAAUGUUUUGUGGUAGCCAGCAGCUGGGGAGUUAGUGUUAGACAUUCACACGCAUGUGAAACACUGUGAAACAGAGAAAAACUGAUCUUCUUACAAUAGUAACAAUAUAUUUUUAUUAGCAAAAACAAGAGUAGACCUUCUAUCCACUCUUCUGGUGGAGUUUGGAUGCAGCCAAAUGUCAAAACUGUGUGUCUGCUGGCGGGACAAGGACUCCGAAUCUCUGAGAUUGCUUUGGUGCAAACCCAAAUGCCUAUUAAUAAAACUCUGCAUUGGUUUUUCUUUCCAGCUCUGUGGGACAAACAAGCAAUGGAACGCAGUGUGUUUAAAAAAAAAAGAGAGAUCUGUGAGGAUCAGAGACUAAUUCACUGAUGCACGCACUGCAGGCAUGGACAAAAAGGAAAUUGAUUUUUUGUAUUCUAUUCCAUGUUAUUUUUGUAGCAUUUAAAAGCAACAUUAAUUAUUCAUGUGAUAUGAGGAACGGUUUCAGCGUCUUGAGUGGAGAUACAGUGUGUGAGUCAGCAUUCGGACACAUUCAGAAGAGCCCACUCUCUCACUCUUUACUGUUGUUAUUGUGAUCUUGUCAAACUGUGUUCAGUAUUUAAAGAGACAGAAAGCAUUUAUUUCCAUCUGAUUCAACUGCUUUCUCUUUUUCAUGUGACGUUUUGUACAGUCAACAUGUUCUGUCAAACUGAAGAAACAUGCUGAAAUAAAAAAAUAAAGCUUUUUUGUCUACGAGAUGCA